AUGGACCGCCCUCCUUCUCCUUUCCCAGCCGGCCGGCCAGCCAAGCGACAGCGUCAGUUCUCUGACCAGCCAGACAAUGAGGUGUAUAUGAAAGACUACCAGCCACAGGCAGAUCGCACGGCCAUCGAUCCCGAGGUUAGAAUCUUCCCGACUUCCCGACAGCCAGGGAACGAAACUAACAAGUCACAGACUCCUGUCAGACCGGCCGGUCUCCUUAUAACGCAGCUCAUACGGAUUCUCCGUGACAACGUGGACCUUGCUAUGCCCGCCCUCCAGCUUCUUGACCUAUACUUCUGCCUGUGGGACUGCUAUAUCGUGAAAUCCGCCGAGAAGAUAUACCUGGAUGAAGAACAGCAACAAAUGCAAGAAUCGAACGAGUGGCUGGAAACUGAGAAUGACGUUCUCGUGCAGCGCUGCAAUGCGCAAACGCUGAUGUUGUGGGGCCGAGACGAUCUUCACAUCGCCAAGUCCACCAAGGCCCAUCUCUUCUUUCAUGAUGGCUCUGACUUCGACCUCGAACUUCACGCGAUCCGGCGAGAGUCGUCUGGUAUACCGACGUCGCCUCCUUGCCUUACCACGGACCGUGCUAGCAGCGGGCUAGCUUCUCUGAAUUUAGCUGAAUCUGCUGGGUACGAAGAGCAGGGGCCCUCCCUGGUGAAAUAUUUCUUCCAUCCCAACCGAGAGGAUCCGUCGGGCUUCGAGUGGACUGGCCCUGAUCCUCUGUCUGUCUCCACUCAGUCUGAAGAUCUAUUCCUCUUCAUAUCAAAAAUUUUUCUUACAGAAGAAAUACACUGGGUGGAGUUUCGACUCGCACGGCUUGAUCGAAUUACCGGGGACAUGAUCGGAGAGCAUCGGUUCUUCUUGCCUCGCGUGGAAACGGUCAUGGGGAAUCUAUGCCGGACGCGGCAGCAGAUACUAAUCAUCAUCUCUCAGACUGCUGUGAGAUCGAUGGCAUCCAGCUUCCGGCUGUCUUUGUGA